AUGACAUCGCUCGAUGGAGCAGAACCCAGUGUUCAACCCUCUCCAAACAUUCCCCUUCCCUCAGAUUUCAAUGUUUACAAGCCAUCGAAUGUUUCUGUUGCCGCCCAAUCUUUCCCGGAUGAGUAUUUCACCCCGACAGCAGCUGAGUUGAAAGACGCGCAAACGACUUUAUCUGCGAGGACGCAGGCCCUUGUCAAUGCCCCGCUACAGCUGCGAGCUACGAGAGAGGCAGCGGAGAAGGCAAAGCGAGAUCGAUGGCCACAAACCACCAUUCGUGUUAGAUUCACGGAUCGCACACAACUUGAAAAGAUCUUCCCGUCCACUGACAAAAUUCGUUCCGUCUAUGCUUUUGUUCGAAAUUGCCUUCGAGAAGAUGUCAAACCCAUCAAGUUUAUUCUUUACCAAUCUCCCCCCAAACGUGAUCUCAAGGUCUCCGAUCCUAAAGUGCGCGAUUUGAACCUCACAGAGUUGCAACUUGCACCUUCAUCGAUCCUCUUACUGCGAUUUGAAGAUGAAGCUUUGAAUCACACAGAUGUUCCUCCCCCACUGGCCUCCUCUAUCCUUUCACAGGCGAUGGAUCUUCCUAUUCCAACCUCCCAAGCUGAGCUUCCUACGUCAUCCUCUAGCAAAGGAGCACACUCUGCUCAAUCAAAGACAUCUCAAUCGACUGAGAAGAAGAUACCUAAAUGGCUGAAGCUGGGGCAAAAAAAAUGA